AUGAGGUCAUUUAAUACAGGUUAAUCCUCAUAUGGCUUAGAGGCAGCAUAGAUUGUACUUUAAUAAACAAGGAAUAAUAAUCGAGAGAUUAAAAUAGAGCCUGUACUUAUAAAAAGAGAGAGUAGAUAGCAUGGUGCUAAUAAUCCUUUAGAUAGCCAGUUCUAUUCUGCUAAAUAUCAAUCAAUGAACGAUUAAGCUUCAUCUAGACUUGAUACUGCAAAUCUAUAAUCACAUGAAAAUUUUAAAAAUCCAAAUCUAAGUCCAAGCAUUUAUAAGACUAUGGAUCUCGUGAAAGAUAAAUUGGAUACUGAGAUAACUUUGCCUAAAGAAUAUUAAGAUAUGGUUACAUAGCUUCAAGAAUAUUAAAAACAGCUUAUCAACAAAUAAUAUCAAUAAAAUUACGGCUCUGGAAUAGAAGGUAUUUCUAAUAUUUAAAAGAUUUAUGUUAUUAAUAAUGGUGAGCGUAAUCAAGUUAAACUCCCAUCAUUAACUAUGAACAAAAGUGUCAAUGAUGAAGUUAUAAGUAGCUAGAAUAAACUAACUGAGAGAAAUUCUUCUCAUUUAAGAUUAGGAGGCUUUAAGAAAAGUCUUUCAAUUAUAGAUGAAUUACCAAUAAAAUCUAUGAGAAGUAAAAAGCAAUCUACCACCAAUGAAUAAUACUAAGAUAAAUUUAGCUAAGUCUAAAGUGAACUAAAUAUAAGUCAAAAUUCAUCUAUUUUUCAAACACCAUCAAAUGUCUCAAGCGAUUAAAUUAUGCAACAUUUCGUUUCAAAAACUUAGAGGCUACUCCCACAGAGCAUGAGAGAGACAUAUUAACUGAAGAAAAAGGCAUAAACUCAUCAGAGAGAACUUAUUGAGAAAAUAAAAAUUUGUGAACAAUAAAUUAAAAAGGCUUAGGAAAGGAAUAAGAAGGCUAAGAUAGCAUUAUAAUUUUAGAAGAAAGAGAUAGAAUAUUUGAAUAAUCAGAAACAUUAAAAUGAAUCUAGGCAAAAUUUGAUAACUAACAUAUUAUCUCAUAGAGGUUCUUAGGCACUUAUUGAAACGGCUUCUAUCGAUUAGAUGUAGUCAGUUACUAAUUUAUCUCUACCAAUUGACUCUUAAUCCAGAUUAAAAUCCUCAUCAAGUAUUUUUGCUGGAAUUGAAUAGAUGUAGUCCUAAGCAUCUUUGUUGACUAAUAAUUCACUAAGGGCAAUAAGUGUCUAUGAAAAUCUAAUUGUCGAAGAUCUAUCGAAGGAUUUAAUGAAGGCUAAGCAAAAAGUAAUAAAUGCAACAUUGAAUAAAGAUUCUAUUUUACCAUUAGUUGAGGCUUUGCGAGAAGAAAAUAGAUAGUUGAGAAAGACAGUUUAAAGAUAUCAAAUAAUGGCAAGAGAGUUGAAUAAUAAACUUUCGAUCAAUCUUGACAAUGGAAAUAGAAUUUCAUCGUUAGAAAGAUCCUAGAUGAUGAUUAAAGUAUUAGAGGAAACUUUAGACAUUGAUAAAAAGCUUCAAAUAGAUGGCAGAACAAGGGAUGGAAAGUUCAUGAAUAUACAGGACUAAAAUAACUCCUCAUUUUAAAUGACAAUGAAGACUACUCCUAUAAGAAGUCCUUCUGAAUAAACAAUGAAUGAACCUUUUAUAAAAUCACUAAAUCAAACUAAUAUAAUUUAGGUGGAUAAAGCUUAAAAUAGUUUGAAUGUGACUAAUAUGAAGCAUAAAGAACAUUCAUCAUUAAUGGAGGUAGGACAAUUUGAUGUUUGCAAGGCCACUCUUGAUUGUGAGAGCUGUGCUUUAUUUGUUUGUGAUCCUAAACUAGAGUUGGUUUAUAUAAAUCCAAUCAGAAAAGAAAGAGCCCAUCUACUGAAGAGGACAUUUAUUGGUCCUGACUAGUAUUACCUAAUUUUUUCUUCAGAAAAAGAUGAUGCGGUUCUUAUGGGCUCAUUCGAUUCCACUGGUAAAUUAAUAUUUGGCAUCCAAGUUAUGAAACCAAAUCAACAUUAAGAAUAAUAGUAAAAUUCAAGUCAACAUCACCACAAUAAUGGCGAAAAAGAAAAAAAAAGAUCUAUAGCACCCAAAGUUUUUGGUAAAUUACAAAUACUUAAACUCAAAUUCCUGGCUGAGUUUAUUUCUAAAAAAGCAGAAAAUAUUAUGCUUAGGUAUGAGGCAACUGAAAAAGAAAAAAAGAUUUUGUAGAUCCUUAAAUGCUGUGAUUAGAUUAUUAAAAAGAGAACUCAUAAGGAUAUUAUUUUAACUAUGAGGAGGGAGUUAGCAAAUCUUUACGAGUUUGAUUUAUGCCAAGUUUUCCUCUAUGAUCCUUUAACUGAGUCUGACUCUAAUGCUAAGGCUGAUUAUAAUGUGGAUACUAUAAUCAGAUUUCCUACAAGUCUUGGUCUUACUGGAAUAGCGUGUCUUGAUAGGAUACUUAUAUACUCUAAUGAUGUUGAGAAUGAUUUGCGAUUCAAUAGUGAUUUAGAUAAUAUAAUGGGGAUUAAUAAAAUAAAAAACAUGAUGGUUACUGAAUUUAGUGCUGUUGAAUCAGAUUAAGGGAAAGAACAAGAUCCAGUUGGAGUAAUACAGCUCAUUAAUAAAAAAGGAAUAGAACCAUUAAAUGAAUUUGACUCGGCUAUGGUAAAUGCAUUGAGAUUAUUUCUAGGAACUUGCGUUGAUAACAUCACUAUUGUAAACUACUCAGUCAAAGUAACUUUGAGUGUGAGUUAGGAGCUUUCAGGAAUUAAUAAAACAAUGACUGAUCGUGAAGAAAAAACCUUAGAUAGUAAAAUGAAUUUUGAGAUCUUCAUGAAGACACUAAUACAAAUGCAAAGAUUCUUGGAGGUUUUAUAAAAACCUCAUCUAUAAAAUCCUUAAAAAAAUGUGAAGUAAUGA